AUGGGCUCAUGUGCCUCGAAGCAAGACCGCGACACCGCAAUGCAGCUGUGCAAGGGUCGGCUGAAACACAUUCAGCAGGCAAUUGAUGCAAGGUACGCCCUUUCGGCGGCUCAGCUGUCAUACGAGCAAUCUCUGCGCAAUGUCGGCGCUGCUUUGAAGGAGUUUGUAGAAUCGCAUCACGAGGGUGCUCCGGAGAAGUCUCCUCGCUCUUCGUGUGCUUUACCAUCCCCAUUGCGACCUGCUGACAGUGCUAUCACUCCACCACCACCAGUACCCCGGCGUUCUGAUGUUAGCCGCCUGAGGUCAGCGGCAAGCGCAUCCUUGACAGUGACAUUCAGCCCAAGCGAUGCUAGCUUUGUCAAAGAAGGGCAGCCCGUUUCUACUUCCUUUUCACCACCGCUGCCAUCAGAGGUUUGCUCCUCAUGGGAUUUCUUUGAUCCAAAUGUUGUGGAUCAGCACGCUGCAUCCCAUGUCUCAGAUGAUAGCCAGAGCGGUUGCAUGAGAAAUUUGGAGGAUUGUGUCCAGGGAGAUGAAAAGGACUUAGCUUCGUCGAUCAGCAACACAAGUCCAGCAGCUGAGGUGCAAGAACAGCUGGGAGCAUAUGGAUGUAAAGAAGCCGAUGACGAUUCAAACCAUCAUAGGUUGAAUCACAGUGAUUGUAAUGAAAUUGAGAUUGUUGAUGUGCAUUUACCAAAUGACUCAAACCUAGAGAAAGGACCUGAUCAAGUUCAGAAACAGUCUGUAGAGGGGCAGAAUCCUACCAGUAUUAGCAAUGAUAUAGAAAAUGAAGCCCACCAUGUAGACAAGGUUAACGCACCCGAGCGAUCAUGCAGUGAAGAAGAGAAGGGCAGUUCCAUCACUAGCAGCUCAAAAGAUUUUCUGUCCGAUGUAAAAAAACUUGAUCGCCAAUUUGCAAGGGCGGCUGAGUCUUGCCAUGAGGUCUCUAGGAUGCUUGAGACAAGGAAGAUUCGACUUAGUGUUUCUACCAAGAUAACAGGGAAACCAUCAGGUGCACUUUCUAUGUCAGUAUCCUUGAUCUGUUGCAGUGCUGGAAAUGUAGCAUCCCAUGAAUCAGAGCAGCAUGUCACAAAAGUGAUCACUUGGAAUCGCUCGCUUUCAUCACGAUCAUCUUCAUCUAAGAAUCCAUUCAUUUCAGCUCAAAAGGAGGCGGAUGACCCUGCAGAUAGCUGUAGCGAUUUCGUUGAAGAGUUCUGUAUGAUUUCAGGAAGCCAUGCAUCCUCUUUAGAUAGACUCUAUGCUUGGGAAAGAAAAAUUUAUGAUGGGUUAAAGAAUAGCGAAUCAAUCAAGAAGAUAUACGACAAAAAAUGCGCUCAGUUGACCCAUCAGUCUGCAAAGGAUGGGAAUGCCAGGCAAGUUGACAGAACCCGGGCUACUAUCAAAGAGUUGUAUUCGCGACUCAUGGUAGGUAUUGAAGUACUAUACUCUAAUUCAAAAAUAAUUGAGAAGUUACGAGACGAAGAGUUGCAGCCCCAACUUCUUGAAUUACUACAAGGGCAGACACGCAUGUGGAGAAUGAUGCAGGAAGUUCACCAAAUGCAGCAUACCAUCAUCUCUCAGGCAGAUGCAAAGAUCUCAGCUGUAUCUCCUUCAAGCGAGUCGCAGAAACAUACCAUGAUGAACCUUAUCACUGAACUGGGAUUCCUCCACUCCAGUUUGGCAAGCUGGGCUGAUGCUUACAAAAACUAUGUGGGUGGUCUCCACUCCUGGCUGCAGAAAUGUGUGGUACAACCACGAGAUCGCGCACGGGGAAGAAGGUUAACCCUCUCACCUCGCCAACACCUUGCUCCACCCCUAUUUGUUCUCUUGGAAGACUGGUCCUCAGGAAUGACAUCGCUCCCUUCUGAAGAAUCAUGCGGUUCCAUCAAGAACCUUGCAGCGGAUCUCAAGAAAAUGUACAAGCAGCAGACGGCGAAGAAGAGAUCUUCAGACACUGGAGCAGAGGACAAAAAUGCAGAGCAUGGCAAAUCUGACACCGAAGCAAAGCUGGCAACCCUGCAGGGAGGCCUGACCACAAUGUUCGAUCGACUCUCAAAGCUCUCAGACGCCAUGGCCAGCCUAUCUGAAAAUGUGGAACGAGAGGCGGAGAUUGCCCGAGAAGCGUAUAUGACCGGUCCUCGGUCAGGGUAA